GGUCGCCAGCCGACAUUGUUUAGCUGACGGUAUCCGGAGGAGUCCCUCUCUGUGAGAGCGCACUGGUCGGUGAGAGGCUAAUGGUGGCAGUAGGCGGUCCCGUAAAUAUCCCGGCCCUAGGCCAUGGAGCGUUUUAAAGGUGAUGACAAGUACCUUAAAGUGAACCCGGAAGACCACUGGGAGCCAGUGCAGGUUACGCAGGAGGGGUGUUACAUGGGAGCCAAAAGGUGCUCCCUCUAUCACCCGCGCAGCCGCAUUCUGGACCAGUUGGAGUCUCCGGGCACACUUCAAGGGGAGCCCCAUCUAGAGAGCAUUACAGUAGUCCAGGCGGGAUGUAACAAGGGCAUGAGCGACCGUGCAUAAGGAAGCCCGAUCCAGAAAGGGGCGUAACUGGCGUAUCAGGCGAACCUGAUGAAAGGCUCCCCUGGUGACGGCUAUCAUAUGAUCUUCUAAAGACAGCCGUGCAUCCAGGAGGACGCCCAGAUUACGAGCCCUUUCCGUGGGGGCCAAUAGUUCGCCCCCAAUGGUCAGUGAUGGAAUUAGCUGACUGUACCGGGCCGCCGGCAUCCACAGCCACUCGGUCUUGGUGGGAUUGAGUCUGAGUCUUUGGUAUACUAGGCUUUGGUAUGUCCCACUCUGACUGCUGUCUCCACCAUAACGGAGAAGGGGCGUUGGUACUUACCUGAGACGCACCUUCUAGUUCAGUGGAGACAGCAGUCAGCCCCUCCCUAUUUCGGUCUGGAUCCUCUUUUGUUUGUUUGUUUUGGAUAAUAAAAUUUGUUUCUCUAUUUUCCACGACGCAUUGAGUCUGGUUUUUCUCGCCUUCAUCAAAAUCUGGGGUUCCCAGCAGCAAGGGGCAGGACUUUCAGCUUCAACAGACUCAGUUAUCCAAUCUGAACAGAGGAGCUCCACCCACUCUGACUGCUGUCUCCACUGAACUAGAAGGUGCGUCUCAGGAUUCUUGCUGGAGCUCCCCGUGAUGUGGCUAUCCAUAUGGAUAAUAAAACACGGACAGGUGCUAUGUAUGCUUGUCCUUUGACUGCAAAUUCCAAUGAUUGUACACAGGUGGACUUCCAGUUGAAAAGUGAUCCACAAAAUAAUAUUGUUGAAGACAUGUGGCUGGGGGUGGUGGUAGCAAGCCAACGUAAACCUUAUGGGCGAGUAAUGGCUUGUGCUCACCGAUACACUCGGAUUUUUGGCAGUGAACAUCAGAGGCGCAUGGUAGGAACAUGCUAUAUCCAUAGCAAUGACUUGCGUCAUCAGGUGAAUGAUUCGUGGCAAACUUAUAAUGAGAUGUGUGCUGCCAACUCAGACUUGGAGAAUACAGGCAUGUGCCAAAUGGGCAUCAGUGGUGGCUUCACAGACAACUUUGUCUAUUUUGGAGCUCCAGGAGCUUACCAUUGGCAAGGAACGGCUUAUGUGAGCUACCCAGGGAUUUGGGACCAAGUAGAUUUAUCCUACCCAGAUCAGAAAACUAGACACAUUUACCUAGGAUACGCCACAGAAGCAAGCACCAACGUACUGCAUAAAAAAGAGUUCUCUUUUAUUAUUGGGGCCCCUCGCUAUAAUCACACUGGAGCUGUCUUUGUGAUGGCAACUAAUGGUCGCAAGAGUCUUCAGAAUAGACUGCUGCUCUUUGGCAAGCAAGUGGGUUCUUAUUUUGGCAGCUCCAUUGCUGUGGCUGACCUCAACAGUGAUGGGUGGCAAGACUUAAUCAUUGGAGCACCACAUUAUUUUGACCAGAAGGAGGAGAAAGGUGGGGCUGUCUAUGUAUAUAUGAACCUUGGUGGAGCAUUCUCCAACCAUCCCAACCUCACACUGACUGGACCCAGCGGUUCUUCCUUUGGUUUCUCUGUGGCUCACAUUGGCGACAUUGACAAAGAUGAUUUUCAAGAUAUUGCCAUUGGGGCACCCUAUGAAGGUUUGGGGAAAGUAUACAUCUACCAGAGUGGUGUAGGUGGCCUUGCUAAUAAGCCACAGCAGAUCAUUAGUGGGGAAGAUUUUAAUCCUGUCAUCAAGACCUUUGGUUACUCCUUCAGUGGUGGAAUGGAUGUGGAUGGAAAUUCCUAUCCUGAUCUCCUGGUGGGAACUCUCUCUGAAAAUGUCUUGCUACUCAGAGCCCGUCCGGUGAUCAAUAUCCUAAACAAGACUUUUACUGUUACUCCAAGUCCUCUGGACCCAAGCAAAUGCACUCAAAACUCUUGUAUGAAGGUAGAGCUCUGCUUCUCCUAUUCCCAAAGUGCUGGAGACCCCAAAUACAAGGAAAAUAUCAAGCUGGAUUACAUUGUGGAAGCUGACCGGUACCGCCGGCCACCCCGUGUAUAUUUUGCUGAAACCAACUCUACAAUCUACAAGGGACAAUUUUCCAUGCCAAGCAAGUGCCAAAACCUGAAAGUCCUUCUACAGGAAGACAUACGAGACAAGCUGCACCCCAUUGCUUUCUCUAUGAAGUACUCUCUUUAUGAAAAGCCCCGGCGAUUCCAGUUGGGAUUACGCUCUCUUAAUGCAUUUCCUGUUUUGAAUGAGGAUCAGCCUUGUGAAAACCACACUGAGAUUCAGUUUCAGAAGGAAUGUGGAGCUGACAGCCAAUGCAAUAGCAACUUGCAGAUCCAGGCACUCUUUCUAAAUGAAAAGAACCAAAAGCUGCCCAGACGAGAUGGUGUACAGGUGUUACAGUACAGCUCGGAAGUCAAGAAACUGAAUUUGAGCAUCAAAGUCACUAAUAGGCCAACAUCAUCUACCAAUGGAGAGGAUGCUCAUGAGGCCCUCCUCAAUAUCACUUUCUCACCCUCUCUGCUGCCUUCUUCAGUUCGGCCGAGUGGGGCCUGUACUGUCAAGGAGACAGUGAAAUGUGAACUGGGCAAUCCCUUCAAAAGGAAUCAGCAGGCAGAGCUGAUUAUCACAUUUGAAAUUGGUGGGAUUACUUUAUCUACCCAGAAUAUCAUUGUCCAGGUUCAACCUUCCACGAUAAGCUAUCAGGAAGAUCUUCAACUAGUGACAGCAACUUUGUUAGUGGACUACACAGUUGAUGCAUCACUAAGCAUACUCAAUCGGUGGCUUCAGUCAUACUUUAGUGGGAAAGUCAUAGGAGAAUCAGCCAUGAAGCAUGAAGAAGAUGUAGGCAGUCCCAUUGAGUUGGACUUCCAGGUGACUACAAAGAGUGAGUCUUUAGCUUCUCUGGGAAUAAUCACGUUAGGCUUUGAAUGGCCUUAUGAAGCCAGUAAUGGAAAGUGGCUGCUUUACCUAACUGAAAUCUUGAUAAAGGGGAAGGAAGAUUGGUAUUGUGAACCAUCUGAAGAAGUCAUCAACCCCCUCAAGCUCACUCAAAUAGAUCACACCACUUCCCCAGCACGGAGAAAGCGUGAGUUGCAGCCAACUCCAAAUGCUGAGAUUCCUAUCAUAUUAGCAUCUUCAAAGAAAGCCAGAUCAGAAACAGCACUGAGUUGUUCCAAAGGAACUUCUCAUUGCAUCUGGUUUGAAUGCCCCUUGUGGAAUAUCGGAGCAGUUACAAAUGUGAAGGUCCGGGCAAGAGUUUGGAACAGCACUUUAAUUGAGGAUUACAAUGACUUUGAUCGUGUCAAGGUAGAGGGGCAAGUGACUCUUUUCCUCAGGACAAACUCCUCUACAAUCAGUAUGAAAAAUCAAACAGUGUUGUUUACUGUAGACAUCGACUCGGAACUCAGUGAAGAGCAGCAGACCAAGAUUGAGUUGUGGGUGGUGCUAGUUGCUGUUGCUGCAGGACUACUGCUCUUGGGCUGUAUCAUCUUACUGCUGUGGAAGUGUGGCUUCUUCCGGAGGGCAAGCACACGAGCCUUGUAUGAAGCCAAGGGCCAGAAAGCCAUGAUGAAGAUCCAACCUUCUGAAACUAAGCGGCUGACCGACAGCUACUAGUUCCUGUUUGGGGGGGGACACUGCCCACCCCUUUACCCUGUAUCUUGUGCAACUUUUUCAAGCCAACCCGCUACUACCGCAUCAUGCCCAAAUACCAUGCCAUUCGCAUCCGGCAGGAGGACCGCUACCAGCCAGCUGGCGGCUUCUUGCCUCCAAAGCACAAGAAGCGUUGGGUGACAAAUUGGC